GAACUCGUUGAAAGUUAAGCUGGUUAGAUGUGUAAAUUAUAUCCUUUGGGUGGUCUCCUUACCUCCCCCUCUCUCUUCUCUCGAGAGGUCCCAGAGCCAUUAUCAAUGGCGGUUAUGAAACCCUAGCAACGUUUUUCUUCUUGCUUCAUCGUUUGCUCUUAAGCAACCACUUCGUCUAAUGUCGCAUUUUCUUCUAUUCAGAAACGUAACGAUUGAACAAUCUGAAUUCCAUUCAUCCAACCUCCGGACGUCUCGAAUCUGCUCAAGCCACUUGUUGUUCGUUCGUUGAAUCUGAUUUUGUUCGAUGUUUUGCAGGAUUUUCUACAUUCGUAGGGUUGAAUGCCUCUCCAAUGCUAUAUUCCAGUUAGAGUCAGUUUGAAACCCUAGAUUUUGCUUUGAGAACAGUGUCUGGAUUUAGGUUUCUGCUUUUAUUUUUUGCUUGAUACUUCAAUGGAACCUCCUCCGGUUGUUAGAUCGAGAGGUCGACCGAGGAAAAGGAGGCUUCAAGAUGGUAACGAUGAUGCGAAAUCGGCUAUUGAAUCGUGUAAGCGGCGCCCUGUGGCCUUGUUGGGACGAUAUCUGCUGAAAGAGUUCAAUGGGAGUGGAAGGUUUCUUGGAAAAGUAGUAUAUUACGAGGAAGGACUGUAUAGAGUAGUUUACGAGGAUGGCGAUAGUGAGGAUUUAGAGAGUGGAGAAAUUCGUGGGUUGUUAAUUGGGGAUUCUUAUCUUGACGAUGGUUUGAGUAAGAGAAAAAAGCGUUUGGAUGAUUUGGCAGUUAGGAUUAAGGCGAAGUGUACAAACGUGACGGGGAAGAACACCACGGACACCUCUGACAAAUUGGAUCCAGUUGCAUCGGUACCCAGCAAGGUAAGCAGUGAGCAUAUAAUGCAAAAUGAUGCUGAAGAAGUCGAAGCUGACGUUGAUUCUUCUAGUGAUUCACUUGAGUCUGUUAGGGACCGGGAUUCUGAAUUUGGAGAUGAAAAUCUACUUAUCCCUGCACCAGAGUUUCCUCCAUCUUCUGGAACCAUUGGGAUCCAUGAGCAACACGUUUCACAUCUUUUAUCUGUCUAUGGUUUCCUUCGAUCAUUUAGUGUCCGCUUAUUCCUGUUUCCAUUCAGUUUGGACGACUUUGUGGGAUCGCUUAAUUGUGGUGUAGCGAAUACAUUGUUGGAUUCCAUUCAUGUUGCUCUGAUGCGUGCCUUACGCCGGCAUCUUGAAGUUCUUUCUUCAGAUGGCUUAGAAAUCGCAUCAAAAUGCUUGAGGCACUUCAAUUGGAACCUGCUAGAUUCACUCACUUGGCCUGUUUAUUUGGUCCAAUACUUAACUGUUAUGGGACAUGCAAAAGGUCUAGAAUGGAAUGGAUUUUACAAGCAUGCUCUAGGUAAUGAGUAUUACUCCAUUCCUGCUGGUCGAAAGCUUAUGGUUCUACAAAUUCUUUGUGAUGAAGUAUUAGAAUCUGGAGAGCUUAGAGCAGAAAUUGAUGCUCGUGAGAUAUCUGAAGUUGGACUGGAUUAUGAUGCUGGAGCUACAUGUCUGUCUGAAAAUGGGCCUACAAGGGUUCAUCCCAGAUACCCCAAAACUUCUGCUUGCAAGGAUGCGGAAGCUAUGGAGAUUAUUGUAGAGAAUAAUGGGACGAAGUCUUAUACAGACCAAAAUUUUCCGGGUUUAAAAGGUGGUAGUAAUGGUGACUUGGAUGUGACUGCCGUUGAUGCGAACAGAAACAGCGAUGAGUGUCGACUCUGUGGGAUGGAUGGGAGUUUGCUUUGUUGCGAUGGGUGCCCAUCAGCAUACCAUUUGAGAUGUAUAGGCAUGGUGAAGGUACUUAUACCUCAAGGGCCAUGGUAUUGUCCUGAAUGCAGUAUAAAUAAGAGAGAGCCAACUAUAACAAAGGGGUCAGCACUUAGAGGAGCAGAAGUUUUUGGCAUUGAUCCAUAUGAGCACAUUUUCUUGGGUAGUUGCAACCACUUGGUGGUGCUCAAGUCUUCCAUAAAUGCUGAACCAUGUCUCAAAUAUUAUAAUCGAAAUGACAUUCUAAAAGUACUUCAUCUUCUUUGUUCUUCUUCUCAAUGUAUUGCUAUAUAUUAUGGCAUCUGUAAGGCCAUUAUGCAAUAUUGGGACAUCCCGGAAAAUCUCCUAGUACUUCCCGAAGCAAGUAGCAUGGAUGUAGUUCCUGCCAAUUUAAGGGAAGAUACCAACUUAUAUGCUCAAUCAAAUCCUUCUGGUGAAGAACGUAAGGAGCUUGAUGUGAUUGAGAAUGGAAAUGACCCAGUUAAGUGCAAGAGUGAAGAAAACAAUAAGUUGGGUACCUUGCAGGUGGAGACUUCACAGGAUCCACUUUCUCAUCCAACUGGUUGUGGAACAAUGCUACCUGAGUGUGUAGGAAAAAGUGUGCUAUCUAAUGGAUUUAAGGUGGACUCUCUUACUUCUAAUAUCAGCAGGUCAAAUAAUUUAACUGACUUGGCUUGCCUAAAUAUGGUUGAUAUUUCUAGCACAACAGACCUAUCAAGUUCUUCAGGAAAUAAAUCCUUUAGUCAUAUUGGGAAUGCUAAUGCCUCUAUUUCAUUGAAUCUUUCUCGUCAAAGCCAAAACGGUGGUCUUUUGGGUCAUGGAAAAGUGAAGGGUGAUAUCAAUUCCGCUAUUAGUUGUGCUUACAUGGGCUCCCAAUAUAAGCCUCAGGCAUUUGUGAAUCACUAUGCCCAUGGAGAGUAUGCUGCAUCAGCUGCUCAUAAACUAGAUGUUCUAACAUCAGAAGAAACUCGGGUUACAGGAAACAAUGCAUCUGAUAAGAGAACUAGUUCUGCUGCUUCGUAUGCUUUAUUGCAAGCAAAGGCUUUUUCACAAGCAGCCUCACGCUUCUUCUGGCCAACAUUUGACAAGAAGCUCAUGGAGGUACCAAGGGAGAGGUGUGGUUGGUGUCUUUCAUGUAGAGCCUCUGUCUUAAGCAAGAAAGGAUGUUUGUUGAAUCAUGCCGCAUUGACUGCUACCAGAAGUGCUAUGAAAAUCCUUUCUGGCCUCCGUGUUGGGAAGAAUGGAGAAGGAAAUCUACCUUGCAUAGCAGUGUACAUUCUGUAUAUGGAGGAGAGUUUAAGGGGUCUUGUUGGAGGUCCAUUCUUGAAUGCAAGCUACAGAAAAAAGUGGCGUCAUCAAUUAGAAUCAACUUCAAGUUGCAGUUUAAUCAAAUUUCUCUUGCUUGAACUUGAAGAAAACAUUCGCUGUAUUGCUCUUUCUGGUAACUGGUUUAAGCUGGUAGAUGAAUGGUUUUUAGAAUCUUCAAUGAUUCAAAAUGCUCCAAGUGCUGUUGCUUCAACAGUCCACAAGCGUGGGCCUGGGAGGAGAGGUAGGAAACCAUCUGUAUCUGCAGUUCCUUCUCAUGAUCGGUCCGAUGCUAAUUUUGUAUGGUUUCGAGGGGGGAUAUCGAAACUUAUAUUCCAGAGAGCAGCACUGCCUCAAUUUAUUGUUGCUAAAGCAGCUCGUCAAGGUGGCUCAAGGAAGAUUUCUGGUAUACACUACACUGACGGUUCCGAGAUUCCUAGAAGGAGCAGACAACUUGUAUGGAGAGCUGCUGUUGAAGCGAGUAAGAAUGCAUCACAACUUGCGCUUCAGUUGAGGAACCUAGACUUUCAUUUGAGAUGGAAUGAUCUGGUCCGGCCGGAACAAACCCUUCAGGAUAUGAAAGGUCAAGAGACCGAAGCUUCUGUUUUCCGCAAUGCUAGUAUUAGUGAUAAAAAAGUUGUGGAAAACAAAAUUAAUUAUGGAGUUGCCUUUGGGAGUCAAAAGCAUCUUCCUUCUCGUGUUAUGAAGAAUGUUAUUGAAAUAGAACAGAAGCAAGAUGGACGAGUUGCAUAUUGGUUUUCUGAAAACUGCAUCCCUUUGUAUCUGAUCAAAGAGUACGAGGAAGGUUCUCUUCAAGUUAAUGUGUCACCACCCAAGGUGUACCAAAAUAUUCCGUACCAUUCACGAAGAAGAUGGGUUAAAUCCUACCAGAGAGAGAUAUUUUUCUAUCUCACAUGCAGAAGAGACAAUAUGGGCUUGUUGUCUUGUUCAUCGUGUCAAAUGGAGGUUCUUAUUAGGAAUGCAGUGAAGUGCAGCUCCUGCCGAGGCUAUUGUCAUGUAAGUUGUAUCGCAAGAUCAACAAUUUCUGCUACCGAGGAUGUUGUAGGCCCAAUCACAUGCAAUCAGUGUUGCCAUCUCAAGGCUCUUAAUCACAGUGGAAACAGCACUGAAUCCCCAACAAGUCCAUUACCUUUGCAAGGCAAAGGACAUCGAAGUUCGUCAACUGUACGCAAGAGUGUAAAGCCUAAAGGAUCUAAUCAACCGCCAGUUACUCCUGUAAUCAAGUUGGACACCCGAUCUGAGAAUAAACAAGCUACUUCUGUAAUCAAGCUGGACACUCGAUCUGAGAAGAAACAAGCUAAUACUCGUGAUUCUGUUUUGGCUCCAAAGAGCCAGAGGAGGAAUUGUUCGUGGGGUAUUAUAUGGAAGAAGAAGAAUGGUGAAGAUACCAAUACCAAUUUCAGGCACAAUUAUCUUCUUUUAAAAGGAGGUGGGGAAUUACAUCAUAAGGAACCCGUUUGCCAUUUAUGUAGUAAGCCAUAUAGGUCCGAUUUAAUGUACAUCUGCUGUGAGGCUUGCAAAAAUUGGUACCAUGCGGACGCUGUUGCACUAGAGGAAUCAAAAAUCUUUGAAGUUAUGGGCUUCAAGUGUUGUAGGUGUCGUAGGAUUAAAUCACCCGAAUGUCCUUACAUGGAUCCUAAACCCGAGAAACAAGAUGGUGGCAAGAAAAAUCGUUCAAAGUUGUCAAAGCAAGAAAAUUCAGCAGUGGAAUGUAAUGAUUUGAUAACUGUUUCUGAUUCUACGGCGCUUGAGACAGGUAGUACUAUGUUGCCCAAGGAAGAAGAAGAUCCCUUCAUUUUCUCUCUUUCGAGAGUCGAGCUAAUUACAGAACCCAAUUCUGGAGUAGAUGACGAGUGGAAUGGAGCCACUGCAGCUGGACAAGUAGCACCACAGAAGCUACCCAUUAGAAGGCAGACAAAACCAGAAGACGAUUUGGAUGGUUUUUCGGAACCAUCCUACUCCAUCCCUCACGAAACAAAUGCACUUUUGAAGCCGGUUGAGGGAUCUUCACCAUUCUCAGAAUGGGACAAUUCUGCUCACGGUCUGGAUGAUGCAGCAACCUUCGACUUUGCCAGCCUUAAUUUUGAGGACAUGGAUUUCGGACCUCAAACCUACUUCUCAUUUACCGAAUUACUAGCACCUGAUGAUGACGUUGAGUUUGGUGGAAUAGAUCCAUCAGGAGACGCCUCAGGAGAUAUUGACAAUUCCUUUUCUAUCGUAGAUAACGAUAUCUUCAACCACGGUUCUGGUGAGCAACAGGAACCUGCAACGUCUAUUCCUAUUGUGAACUGUCAAAUCUGUACAAACUCAGACCCCAUCCCCGAUCUCCUUUGCCAAGUAUGUGGACUACAAAUACACAGUCAUUGUUCGCCCUGGGACGAUGCUGCAUUGACUGUUGAAGAGCAGUGGUCAUGUGGCCGUUGCCGAGAGUGGCAGUAACUAAGUUCAGGUAUCUCGGAAGGUUUUUGAGUUUUGUCGCUUCUAGUUUCGGGGUUUCAUUGGGCAAGAAGGAAGCUGCCAAUUGAACAAACUAUGUAACAACAAAGAAAGCAUGCUUGUACAUCCACGUAAAUACUUAGGACCUGUUCUUGUUAAGCUGGACUGUCGAAGAUUCUCCGGUACGCUGGCCGACAUGCCGAGGCUGUUUGCAGAAGAAAUUAGCGUUUCAGAGACUACGGGGGUUACCGGACUUGACAUUGAGCUUUAGAAUUCUCUACUAGAAAUGGCUAGUUCUCUCUCUCUCUCUCUCUCGUCUCCAUUUUUCAAAUUUCCCAAAAUCUUUUAAAAAGUCGUCAUCAUCAUCAUCUAACCAAUUUUCUUUCCCCGAUUCAAUUUUUUGGGAAUACCUUUGGGAAUCAUCAAAAUCAGCUUUUAUUUAUGUAAGUGAAGAUAAAAGCACGGUUUUAUGUGCUUUAUCUGAUUGAAUUGCCUGUACAAAUUGUGAUGACCUUUACAACUAUCACUCUCAAAUUCAAAAGGGCUUCCUCAUAUCAAAA